CGCCUAUGGCAACUGCUUCGUCCUCCUCCCCAAAGUGCCCGAGAAAAGUCGUGUGUGAGUGAAAGUUGGCCAUUCUAGUAGCUAGAGGACCGUUGUGUAAAGUCUUUCGUAAUCGUGCCACGCCCCCAUCACCUUCCAAGUUAGUUUCCUCUGGACAGCAACAGGAAGAGCGACGGCGCAAAAAGGUGGAAGUGGUUGCGAAUUUACACAUCGUCACAAAGAGUUGGUGCACCGCCCAGAGUUUGUUAUCCUAAAUCCGGGGACAUAUAGAGCGGAGGAGCGAGGGGAGGUUCGUCUCAUUUCAAGUUGUUUAUGGUCCUGGGGGACGGCGAGACGAGAUCAACCCUCAAGACCGUUGGAAAGCCGUCCGGUCCGGCCAUCCUUUGUCGCUAUCAGCGGCGCAGUGUCAACUAGCUAGCUACAGAACUACAGAAAAGAGUAGAUCGGAGCAACUCUGUCAUCAGUCAUUCUUGUGAAGAGGUUGAACACCUCCGGCGACUUAUCUGCCAUGAGCACGACGGCAAAGCCGCAGGAAAUCUCCGCGAGGAAGGACCCGGGAGCACCGCGUGAGCGGGGGCCGGCCACCGUCUCUUCUCCGGGUUCCAGACAGCAGCAGAGCAGGGGGAAGAAGCGCUCUCAUCCGAGAGAUGCCAUGGACGACGCACCUCCCAACGUCAAGCUCCCCACCGCUGAAGCGUUGAGCGAAAAGGAUCGGACGGACGAAGAAGCGUGA